CGUGGGGAAGGUGCGCCCGACGCCCGGUCCCCGCAGUGCUGAUGCUGUGUUUCGCCUUUUUUAAUGGCUGACAGUAAACACCAGAACCUGCCGGUCCCAGCAGUUGGCUCCCGUGUGCUUGUCAAAACAGAAAACAUGUCUUGCUCCCUUUGGCCCAUCCGAGGAAACCACCCCCGACAGGUGCAAGCGUGUGAGAGUGACACAAAAAACGCCGGGCCACACAACUUGCCUGAUCCAGUUAGUCUUGGUCGCAAAGCCAUCAACGAGCCUACGAAGCAAAAGAUGUUGCAUUUCACUUCUCUGCAUAAGGGUCCCGAACUGGAACAGUCAGGAGCAUGCUGGCCUGCUGAGAAACACCAGGUUAUCCAGGCUGUCUUCUUUGGGAUCUGCGUCUUGACCGACCUGUCCAGUCUUCUCACUAAAGGAAAUGACAGUCAAGAGCAAGAGAGGCAGCUUAAAAAACUCAUUUCCCUCCGUGACUGGGUGAUGGCUGUUCUAGCUUUCCCUGUUGGAGUGUUUGUUGUGACGAUGUUUUGGAGCAUCUAUAUCUAUGACAGGGAACUGGUUUACCCAAAGCUGCUUGAUAAUUUUAUACCAGCGUGGCUAAAUCAUGGAAUGCAUACAACAGUUUUGCCCUUUGUAUUAAUCGAGAUGAGAACAACACAUCAUCAGUAUCCCAGCAGGAGCUGUGGACUGGCUGCAGUGUGCACCUUCGCUGUUGGCUAUAUUUUAUGGGUGUGCUGGAUUCACCACGUUACAGGAGUGUGGGUGUACCCGCUUCUUGAGCACCUCAGCCCAGGUGUCAAAAUAAUCUUUUUUGCAGCUGUUACUGUGGUAAUUAACAUAUUCUACUUGAUGGGAGAGGUCCUGAACAACUACAUCUGGGAUACCCAAAAAUGUAUUGAAGAAGGAAAAGAAAAGCCAAAAUUGGACUGAACAACAGAGGCAACAUGGAGGAUUGUUUAUGGCUCCAUGGAAGAUUUCUCAUCCCCAACAGAGGUUGGCAUGGAGAGGAAUCUUUUGGAAAGGAAGACGUUUAAUGGGCCCUCUGCUCAGUGCAAGGAUAUUUUGGGGUUUUAUAUGGAGGGAAAAUGGUUUUAGCUAAGAAUAAUAAUAAUGUUUCAACCUCCAUUCCCAUUUCUCCAUGCUUGCAUGUGGCAUACACAUAUAAGAUGUAUAUUUAUCUCCACGGCAUUCUCAACAUGCGUUUCUUGCAUCCAAUAAGUCAUUAAACCAUUAAUUCAUUAAAUCUUUUCACUUCCACCAAGAAGAACAAUUAAUCCAUUCUCUGUAUUGUUUGAGAAAAGCUUAAUCAGAUAGGUCUAAUAUGGGGAAACAAAACAAUCCUAUAUAUUUCAAAGUACAGUGUAAAAAUACAGUAGAAGUUAAUUGCAUGAAUGUAUCUGAAGAAUAAUUCAAUCCAACUGAAAUAUUAAUGUAACACUGUAACAACUGCCUUAAAUCAGUGAUGUUAAUAAUUUUAUCAGUCCAGUAAAAUCUUAUUUGCAGCGUUCGGCUAUCUGAAUAUGAUGCAAUUUUUCUUAAAGAGGCCUAAAUAAAGAUCAGAUCCCUGCAUUUCUGUUUCUUCAUGCUGAUUCUUGAAAUUCUAGAUGGAUUUAUGGCAUUUGAAUUAUAUAUUUGCAGGUUUUCCUAUGUCAGCUGUAGAUGAUGUUAUUUUUACAUGAGGAUUUUUCUUCUUAUUUUCCUAGUACAAGACCUGAUCCUGCAUUUUCAAGUUGUAAGUUCUCAAUUGAUGGGCUGAGCCCUUAGUGUUAUACCAGAGAGAGCAUUUAAGCCUUACUUCAGGAAGGCACGUAAGCAAAUGUUUAAACAUAUGCCUGUUUGUGUUAGGAACGCAGUUGCAAAAUACUAGCAAUCGUUUCAACUUGACAGGAUUCUGUUUAAUUAUCAGACAAUCAAGAAGGAACU